AUGUCUUUCGUGCGUCGCGGCGCCCUUCAACGCGAGACGCGGAGUUUACUGGCUGAGUACAGCGACAGCAGUACGAUUCAUGGGGUGAAAUACCUGGGCGGGCCCAGGAGGAGGUGGCCAGAGAGGCUCUGGUGGCUGCUGGCCUUUGGCGCCUCACUGUACACCUGCGGAGCCCUGAUUCUCAACACCUACACGAAGUGGAGCACGGACCCGGUGAUUGUGAGCUUUUCGCAGACUCCGACGCCUCUCUGGAGGAUUCCCUUUCCCAGCGUCACCAUCUGCCCGCUGAACUUGGUCAGACAGAGUGUCUUCAACUUCACAGAUGUCCUAACAAGGCUGGAGGACGACAGCACGACAAAUCUCACGGACACAGACGUGCAACAGCUGAGAACUCUGUCUCUCAUCUGCUAUGAUUACAAUCUCAAGCACUUAAGAGACGUGCCUGGCUUCUGGAUCAAUGUCACGGACGAGGAUUGCUAUCAGCUGAUGGACCAGGUCGUGCUGCGCGAGAAGGAUCUCUUCGACAUGUUCAUCUGGAAGGGAUCCAACAAGACCUACCUCAGCACCAUUGUGACUGAGGCAGGCCUGUGCUUCGCUUUCAAUAUGAUGACCAACACCAGGAUCUUUCGCGAUGACGUCAUAUACUUCUCCAAGCCCAACUCCAACAUGGCAACGCUCAAGGAGUUGGACUGGACGCCUGAGAAAGGCUUCCCACGCGACACGGGCCUGGAUCAAUUUCCCUUUCGAUUCGUCAACGGCGGCACGGGAAACAGCCUGGAGCUGGCACUAACCACAGAUCCUGCGGACUACGACUUCCUCUGCGAAGGACCCUUCCAGGGAUACAAUGUCCUCAUUAACACUCCCGUUGAGGUACCUUCCAUCAAUGGCGGUUACGUUCGAGUGCCCUCCAACCAGGAGACGCUGAUCAUGCUGAAGCCCCAUCUGAUCCACACCUCCAACACUCUGAGGUCCUACGAGCCUUCAGGAAGGCAGUGCUACUACGAAUCCGAGCGAUACCUGCGCUUUUUCCGAGUUUACACGCAGUUGAAUUGCGAAAUGGAGUGCGUGACGAACUACACAUUGACCAAGUGUGGCUGUGCAGCCUUCUAUCUGCCCAGACUUGCUGGAACAGAGAUCUGUGGGCCUGCCAAGAUAAAGUGCUAUCGCGAGGCCGUUGAGGAUCUCAACAACGUGGCCGUGGAUGGAGUGAAGGAUCUGGAAGCGGACGAGAAGACGCCCAUUUGUAACUGCCUACCAUCCUGCACUUACUUAACCUAUGACUCUGAGAUUUCCUACGGCGAUGUCAGCUUCAAGGGUCACUACAGGUCCAACACAUACUUCGCGAGUGGAACCAAGGAGAACGUCUCCUAUGCCUACAUCAUGCUCUUCUUCAAGGAGGAUCAAUUCAUUUCCCUCCGGCGCGGAGAACUAUUCGGCAAAACGGACUUCGUUGCGAACUGCGGUGGUCUCCUAGGUCUGUUCAUGGGUGUAUCUCUGCUGAGCAUUGUUGAGAUCUUCUACUUCUGCACGAUUCGCUUGCUGUAUCGCUUGAAGGAUCAUCGCGAGAUCAUCACAGCACGCGAUCAAUCCACAUGAUGGUUAAAGGUCAAGUCCACAGAGGCAGUUCCUAUUCCAAGAAUGUGAUGGCACGCUAUCGAGCACUCGAUGUAAUGGCGUCACUAAUUC